AUGAAUUAUCUUCAUAAUUUUAAAGAUACUUUGUUUGUCGAUUUACUUGAGGUGCUUAAUAUCGUCACCAUUGGUGAAGAGCAUGUAAACCAGCUUAAUUUAAGCGGUGAUGCUUCAUUGUCGGCUAGCUCAGAGUCUUCGAACAUGUCAUUUAAUAGCGGGUCAGAAGAAAACUCCCAGGAAAAGAGUGUUGAAGAUUUAGAAAAACAAAAUUGCGAGAUUAAUAUUCAUAAAAAUUCAGACAAGGAGGCAGACACAAAAAAAGACCCAUUCUUGGUUACUUUUAAUGGCGAAGAUGAUCCGCUAAUGCCUUACAACUGGUCAACUAAUAAAAAAGCCCUAAUAAUUAUACAAACUAUGCUGCUUACAUGUGUAAAUUACAUGGGAUCGUCAAUUUAUACUCCAGGCCAGCUGGAGAUUCAAAAUGAAUUUCAUGUAGGACACGUUGUUGGCACGCUAAACCUUUCCUUAUACGUUCUUGGUUAUGGUCUUGGCCCCAUUGUCUUCUCCCCACUAACUGAAAUAUCUAGUAUUGGAAGACUACCUGUGUAUAUGAUUACUUUUUUCUUAUUCACGAUGCUACAAAUUGGCUGUGCACUUGCCCCAAACUUUGCUGGCCUUGUGAUUCUGAGAUUUAUUACAGGUGUUCUAUGUUCACCAGCGCUCUCUACUGGUGGUGCUACAUUGGGUGAUAUCGUUUCUCAAAAUUAUUUAGCUCUUGUGCUUGGCCUGUGGUCCAUCGGUGCUGUUGCUGCACCAGUACUUGCACCAUUACUCGGUGCUUCCAUGGUGGUGGCCAAAGAUUGGAGGUGGAUUUUCUGGUUAUUAUUUUUUUGCUGUUGUGCCACUAUGCUACUUCUAACUUUCUUUUUCCCAGAAACCUCUUCCGAUACUGUUCUACAUAGAAAGGCGGCAAGAAUUAGAAAGCUGACUGGUGACAACCGCUAUUAUACAGAGAAAGAAAGAGAAGAAGCACAAUUGCCAAAAAAGCAGUUCCUAAUUGAAACCCUUUAUAGACCAUUCUCAAUGAUGAUCACUGAACCAAUUGUCCUAGCUUUUGAUCUUUAUAUUGCACUAUGUUACGGCGCAUUCUACCUGUUCUUUGAGGCCUUCCCAAUUGUUUUUGGUGGUAUCUACCACUUUACAUUAGUAGAACAAGGUCUGGCCUACUUCGGAUUCUGUGUUGGCUGUAUUUUUGCAUACAUCAUCCUUUUGGUGUUCAGCAUCAAAGUCGCAGCUAAGAGAUUCGCAAAUAAUACGUUUACUCCUGAAACCACAUUGAUUUUAGCUAUGUGCAUUGGUUGGUGUAUUCCACUUGCACUGUUUAUGUUUGGCUGGACUGCGAAAGUGCACUGGAUUUUACCUAUCAUCUCUGAGGUUUUCUUCGUUUUGGGAUGCUUCAAUAUCUUCCAAGCUAGUUUCUCAUAUUUAGCAAUUUGCUAUCCAAAGUAUGUUGCUUCAGUCUUUGCAGGUAAUGGGUUUGCAAGAUCUAGUUUUGCUGCCGCAUUCCCUCUUUUUGGACAAGCGAUGUACAAUAAUCUGGGCACUAAGAAUUAUCCUGUAGCAUGGGGUUCUUCGUUAGUUGGAUUUUUCACUAUCGGCUUAUGGGUCAUUCCAUUCGUCUUAUACAAAUAUGGUCCUUCACUGCGUUCCAUGUCUAAAUACAACAGGUGA